CCGAGUAGCCAUGGCGGAGCUCCUGCAGAUUCAAUCUGUACUCGAAGAGUUCCGCAAGCUUCACUUUUACAAAGCAAGGUUAGCUGAGGCAACCAGACGUGCGGAAUAUCAGGCUUCUAUCCGAAUUCAGAGCUGGCUCCGAGGCUACAGGGUGCGCUUUUACAUCAGGCGUCUGCAUGAGAAGGCGGUCAUUAUACAGAAGAUAUGGCGGGGCUUCAGAGCAAGGGCACGUUGCAGACAAAUGGUGAUGGCAAAAUAUUUUAUCAUGAAGAUGAAUUUCUACAAUGAGAUGGCGGUCAGGAUCCAGCGAAGGUGGCGAGGAUUCUAUGUGCGAAAGUACAUCCAUAGCUUCUAUUCACGCAAGAGCUAUCUGGAAAGACUAUCCAGAACAAAUGAAUUAGUAAGGAGAGAGCUGGAUGAACUUGAAGAGCUCCAGAAGCGAGAGAGAUUCUGUCUGAAAAAGGUGAACGAGCAGAAAGCCAAAGUCUACCAAGCUUACAGAUGGCACCACCUCCUCAGCACAAAACAGUGCCCAGGGGUCUUCAACUCUCCAUUCAGGCUGGCCCCCCAUGAGAUGGAGUUACUACUGAGGCAAGUCAAGUACCUGGCCCCCACCAGGCUAGUCCCUAAGGACUAUGGUCAUCUCAUUCCUGCAGCUCCAACACACUCCAGUUUUGAUGGGACUGUCGAAUCCCAAAGGAGCAAAACAAGAGCCUGCUGUUCCCCCAGGCCUAUACUUCCCCGCAUCGCUAGCACAAAACAGCAGGUCCAGAUCAGAGACUCCGGAGAGAUGUGGGAGCAAAAUGUACGUUUUCCUGAGCACACUGUAAGUCUGCAGAACUCGUACGCACACCUGGAAGAGGCUCAGCGUGAUUUGCGAUUCUACAGUGGCACACAAGGACCAGAAAGUAUGGGCCAUUUGGACCAUAGCAGUCAUGCCCUUCCUCAUCCAGAAAAUGCCAAGAACCUCAAAUAGUGCUGAUACACUGAUACCAACAGAAGGUAGGUUAGCAAUUAUAAAUACA